UGCACAGCGAUACAAACAUCCUACAUCAGCACAUAUCUAGAUACCUUGAAUCACAUAUUCAACCAGACACCGGGUCGGCAGACCUUCCACACUUCCCUCCGCCCCGUUGUUCCGGGCCAACACCUCCUUCCAUUCUCCACCCCGGUCCUCAUCGGACAAUAACCACCGCAUCAUGGACCUCUCAUCGCUCUACAACACGCUAUCGACACCGCCAGAUAGGUUGCAGCAGGCAGAGAAUGAGAUGAUGGAGCGGUUCAAGGCUGCGGCCUUGAGCAUAACGCACCUUUAUAAAUCGUCCGUACAUACAUCAAAGCAAGCAUACCGAGCAGGUUACUCGGCUUGCCUUAACGACGUCCUUCAGACUCUUCAAGCGUCAUUAUCCACCUCGUCUCCCUCAUUACACCCUAGGACGAUAGCAGAAGUGGAUAGUGAAGCUGUUCAGGGGGAAGAAGCGGGCAAGGUCUUGGGAAGGUUGAUGGAUUGGGUCGAAGCUCGGCAAGAAGCCAUCAAGUUGGAGACGGAGGAGGAGAAGGAGAAGGAGGACGCCGAGUCUAGCGGGACAACAACGACAGCGGCAACGGGAGCUGGGGCGGGAGGUAGCAAGCUUCGACGGCCCGUAGCCCCGACGAGGGUGGAUUCGAUGCAACCGGAACGACCUGUACGGUCCGUCUUGCAAGGUACACCGACGCCUGUGCGGACGACAGGAGCAGGGUCGGGGUCUGGGUUGGGUGGGAUGAAGAUGGACGAAGUGGAAGAGGCGACCACGGAAGAGACCGGUACGGACGUUGACAGCGGGACGAUGUUGACGAAGAAACCUUCUGGGGCUAUUCGGCAGCGGGAUGCAUUGGUACAGGCCGUAGCCAACGCUCGGGCCAAGGAUCGGACGGGGAGUGGGAACGGGAUGAAAGACGAACCGACGGAUGACAACAACAGGGAGAAGGACCGGUUCGCCCCCCUAGCCCUAACACGACCUUCCUCCCCGAUUCCUAUCACCGCCAACAACACCAUUCGGGAAUCUACCAACCCGAACCCUUCUUCCCCGCUUACACCCACUCCUCAGGCAUAUGCGGGGCAUCAUCGACCAUUCAAGGGGUUCGGACAACAUUAUCGAGGCGGGACGGAUCACCGUAGCAAGCUCCUCAACCUGAACAGGAGGGAACCUCAUGCGCAUGCGUUCAACCCUAAUUUCGGGAACGCCGAAGUGCCUCUGUUUCCGGGUACAGAGGCUGUCGCGGACGUCCAGUCUGGAGCGGCUGAUGCCUAUGGGUUUCUGUCGGGAGGCACCGGAGCGGCAGUCGUCGGAGCUCCCGGAGGUGGAGUAGGUGGAAAACGCGCCCAUGAGAACGCUUUUGGAGGCUCUGUACCCGUUACUGUCCCCCUUAAUGGAGGCGGGAACAACAACAGCUCGGUCUUUGGCAGCGCACCUCCGAAUCACGGGAUGGGGUUCGGGAACGGGGGAGGGAAUGGGAGGGGGAGACGUAGGGGUGGCAAUCACGGGUUCGCUGGGUUUGCGAUGCGGGGGAACGGGGGGUCAGUCCAGGUCCAGGGGAGCGAGGGGGAGGACGACGUGAUUGAGGGGAGGGAGAGGAAGAGGAUCGCUCGGCGGUAGCCUCGGUCAUGCCAUCAGUAGUCGCAACGGUAGCUUACGCCAAUCCUGAAGCCUCCCGAUCGACGCCAUCAUCCUCAUAAAUCAUGGACGAGCCAAAUUCUGCAGUCUACCGGCAUCCUCCUUCUUGAACCCCCCAUCAAUUUCAAUCCCAGCACACGUCCGAGACACAACAACCACCAGUAAACGCGAAUCACGAAAGACGAUAAACAACAACGUACGAAGAGCCACGGCGAUACACCACACAACAAUUCAUUUCACUGCACCUUCCAUCCGAUUCGACCGCACAAGGUCUCGGUGGGAAUUAUCAACCAAUCACAUCACGGCGAAGCGAGAGAGACGGUCGACGCAAUCGUUCUCCGGGCUUGUUGCACCGUUGUAUAGACAGAGAGAAGUGUCUGGACACCUUAUUGUAUAGUCUGCGAGAUCAUGAUCACAAAUGUAGCAUAGACACCAUGUAACGACAAGAUCGCCC